AUGGGCUCAGUGGGAGGAGAAGUCGCCCAGAAGGGUGUAGAACAAGAUGAUCUGAUCAUGCCGCUGAUUGACUUCGGGGCCUUCCUGCACGGUUCUGCCGCAACCAAGAAGGCCACGGCCGAGCAAAUCUCCCACGCUUUCCAGACCUCGGGCUUCCUGUACCUGCAGAACCACGGCGUCCCCCAGGACCAGGUCUCGCGUGCCUUCGCCCAGUCGGCCGACUUCUUCCAGCGGCCCCAGGCCCAGAAGGAUACCAUGCGCUGGACCACCCCGGACGCCAACCGCGGCUACGUGACCUGGGGCCGCGAGAAGGUCACCCAGUCCGAUGACCCGGACGUCAUCGCCCAACUGCGCGCCUCCAAUCCGGACCUGAAGGAGUCCAUGGAGAUCGGGCGGGAGGGCGUCGAGGGGAAACCCAACCAGUGGCCCGCCCACCUGGACGAAGCGGGUGCCGCCUUCACGCGGGACAUGCAGCGCUUCUUCCUCACCCUCAAGGACCUGCACGUCAACGUCAUGCGUGCCAUCGCCCUGGGUAUGGGCAUGGACGAGCACUUCUUCGACAGCUACACGGACGCAGGGGACAACACGCUGCGCCUGCUGCACUACCCGCCCGUGAAGAAGAGCGUGUGGCGCGCCAACCCGAACCAGGUCCGCGCCGGGGAACACUCGGACUACGGCUCCAUCACGCUGCUGUUCCAAGACGACAUCGGGGGCCUGGAGGUCAAGUCGCCCAAGGGCACGUGGGUGCGGGCCACGCCUAUCCCGGGCACCAUCGUGGUCAACGCGGGCGACCUGCUGCAGCGCUGGAGCAAUGACCGGAUCAAGUCGACGAAUCACCGCGUGAUCCAGCCCCCACCGAAAGAAGACGAGGGGUCAGAAGAUCCCGACGCCACGGUGCCGGCCCGCUACAGCAUUGCCUAUUUCUGCAAUCCCAACUUUGACCGCUGGAUCGAGGCGUUGCCGGGUACCUGGGAGGAGAGCGGCAAGAAGUACAAGGGCAUCAACAGUGGGGAUUAUCUGGUCAUGAGACUGGCUGCGACGUAUUGA